UUGAAGUUAAGAAAUGGAAGCAUCUGAAGGGAAGGGAAGUAUGAGGAUGAGUAGGAGGAGGCUAUUCCUCUUCCUCAACGGCACUAUGAUGUGCAUCGGCAGCUGCGGCGGCCCUCUCCUCGUCCGCCUCUACUUCAUCCGCGGCGGCGAUAGAAUAUGGUUCUCCACGUGGAUUUCCACCGCGGGAUGGCCCAUCACCUUCAUCCCACUCGCGGCGGCCUACUACACGCGCCGCCGCACCACCACAACAAAAACAAACUUUUUCACGAUUACUCGAAAUAUAACUUUGGUGGGAGCGGCCCUGGGCGUCCUGCUCGGCAUAAUCAACUACCUCUACACUUAUGGCAUCUCGAAGCUCCCCGUGUCCACGUCAUCUCUCAUCGUGGCGUCCCAGCUGGCGUUCACAGCUGGCGCCGCGUUCGUCCUGGUGAAGCAGCGGUUCACGGCGUUCACGAUGAACGCGGUCGUGCUGUUGACCAUUGGAGCUGGGGUGCUGGCUGUGGGGUCCAGCGGAGACCGCCCCGCCGGGGAGUCGAAAAAGGAGUACGUGGCAGCGUUUCUGAUGACCUUUGCGGCGGCGGCUUUGUACGGGGCUCUUCUGCCGUGUAUAGAGUUGACUUACAUCAAGGCAAGGCAGUGUUUAAGCUAUACUUUGGUUUUGGAGUUUCAGAUGGUUAUGUCCCUCUUUGCCACUGCUUUUUGUACCGUUGGAAUGCUGGUAAACAAAGAUUUCCAGGCAAUUUCUAGGGAAGGCAGAGGAUUUGAGAUAGGAGAAGCAAAAUACUAUGUGGUUGUAGUGUUCAGUGCCCUUAUUUGGCAGAUAUACUUCAUCGGAGCCGCCGGAGCCAUCUGCUACGGAUCGUCUUUGCUCUCCGGCAUUAUCGCUGCCGCAUCACUAUCUCUGACGGAGGUGUUGGCGGUGGUAGUUUACGGCGAAAAAUUUGGGCCGGAAAAGGGGAUUUCACUGGCGCUUUCGCUCUGGGGAUUUGUAUCUUACUUCUAUGGAGAAGUGAAGAAUGGUGAUAAUAAUAAUAAGAAAGAGGAACUGCAAGUUCAAGUAAAUAAUAUGGAAGCAAAUGAAACUCUUCCUAUGUAACAUUCUAUUGCUCCAUCCUUGUAUGCAUGCUAUGAAAAUUGUAAUAAUAAAAUGUUAUUUUAAUUUUCCAUUAAUCUUGAA